AUGCCUCGCCACGGACAACUGGAAGCAGCUUUGAGCUUGUUUUCAGUGCUGUUUUUUCUACUUCAAUACGCUCAGCAUCGCAGUAUUUCAAGGUGUAAAUAUUGUUGCUGA